AUGAAGGCCUUGCUACUUAUCCUGCUUUUUCUUAUUUAUGCCAUUUCUAUGACUUAUGGCAAAGGUGAUGGUGAACAACGACGUGACAAAACACGUCACUCAGGACGUCGACAGGUGAGCGAAGUUGGCGAUGAUAUCACUUCUGGUCAUUGCGAACUGGAAAUAACGUGUAAAGGGGACACCACAAGCAGGACACCAGUCCGACUGCCAAUUAGGGGCCCACGGGGGCCGGCGGGACGCCCCGGAGAGAAAGGACCCUCCGGAGAACCUGGGAUACCGGGCAAACAAGGAGUACCAGGUAAGUCGGCGACCGCCAACAAUCAAGUUGCAUUCUUUGUUGGGCUUGGGGAGAACCUUGGUCCUAUAGACGCGAAUACUGACCUCAUAAUGGACAAAGUUGUCACCAACGUAGGCGACGCUUACGAACCGAUGACCGGAAAAUUUACAGCCCCUUUCUCAGGCACUUAUCAUUUUACAGUGGUAGUUGCUGCUCAGGGGCGUCAAAAGGCUGCUGUGAUGCUGAUGGAGGACGGAAAGAUGACGUUGACGGUGUGGGCGGAGAGCGUGCCUUACUGGGCGACCUCGUCCAACACAGCCCUCCUUACGUUACACAGGGACCAACAGGUAUGGCUCGUUCGUCUGCAGCGCGCACCUUAUCUACAUGGUUACAUGUAUUCCUCGUUUUCUGGUUACAUGCUUUUCUCUGAGAACCCGGAUGUUCGCAAUAGGACGGAAAACGAACUUCCGGUGCUUAACGAAAUGGUAGAGACAACAGAAAUUAACACCAAGAAGAACACGAAACAGAAAAGCAACAUAUUACCCGAGGUUGAAGUAGAUGAUUAGCAUUGUUAUGUAUUGAUUGUUCAGUUGAAAGUUUUGUGAUAUGUUAACAUGCUCGAUUUUCGACUGUUAAUUGAUUAAAAGCGUUAUAAUAUGCUUAAAUAUGAGAC